AUGCACAAUAAGACGUUUAUUCAUCAGUUGCACCACAUUCUGGCGCAAGAAGAGUUGUCAGAAUGGAUCAGAUGGGACGAGGAAGAUGAGUACAUGUUUAUCAUAAAACCUAACGCCCCUAAUUUUUCAAGCAAAGUUUUAAAACGGUUCUUUAAACACGGCAACGUCUCAAGUUUUGUCCGGCAAUUACAUAUGUAUGGUUUCCACAAGCUGCUUCAUCCAUCUCCAUCGUCAUACUCUCCAAGUGGUAACGGCAGCGAAAGUAAUAACAACAAAAAUAACAAUGUACCGAAAAGCGAAGUUGAGUGGAAGUUUACGCACCAUUCCCAAGACUUUUUCAAAUCUGCCACGGAGGUCCAGUUGAAGCGAAUCCAUCGGAAGUCUAACAAUAUCGGUAAGGAUGGUAAGAGGAGAAAUGUGCUUUCCCCGGUUUGCGUAAGCUAUCUUGGGCCGUCUCAGGAUCCCGCAACAGCUUCCACGGCAGCAGUCACCACAGCAGCAACAUCAGUGCCCUCAGUUAACACUUCAUCAAUUCCGGCAGACAUCUCGCGGAAAUCAUCUGCUACUAUGACUCAACCCAUGAUUCCACAAAGCAGCAUAUCACCAGUGCCCUCUGUAACUAGUGGUUCCCCACUGUCACAGCUGCCACACCACCACCACCAUCACCAUCACCACCAACUUCCUAUUCCCACACAACUGCCACCAUCAGUGCUGCCCGCAACUCACAUGAGCCAUUCACUUUCAUCUUUGGGACCAACUCCAACAAAUGGAGCACCAGGCGGGCCAGGAGGAAGCAUUCCACUACCUAUACCAAGCAGCAGCCCGAUACCAAGAGUAAUCGAUGCGCCAUACUCCUCCGUUAGCCCAUACCCUUCGGUGUCCUAUAACGCUGGUCUGGGACCUAGCACGAAUAUACACCCACCGCACGCUGUGUUUCAAUAUGAACAAAAUAUGGGCAUUCUAAUACGGGCUAUGCUGCAAAUGUGCGAUGCGCUAUGCGCAGACGGAUCUAACAUACAAGAACAUUUGGAAAAACUGAAACUAUUUAAGCUGGAACUCAUGACCACAGAGGCCAACUGGAACAUGUUGAUGAGCAACGGCCUUUCAAGUGCCAAAUCGAGCGUCAGUACGACUAGUAAUUCUGCUACAAACAGAUUUAACAGUAUGGACUCGCUCGAGUCGCAAAAAAAUUCGAUUUUCUCUAAUCCAAGAUUCUCGAAGGUGCAAAAAAUGUCCCUUGUUGGCACGACUACGCCUUACGCAGGUACCAGUGGUUCUCUCUCGCAUGAAUACGAAAAAAAUAAUCAAAAUUCCAAUCCAACUUAUAACCCAGCAAGCAACCAACCCCAACUUCACGCUCAAAACCAAUCUCUGCCACAAACUCAACCUCAACCACAACCUCAAUCUCAACUUCAGAACAGAUCUCUAAAUAAUCCUAGAGAUAAUUCUAAACCUUAG